CACAUUCUGUGCGCGCGGUGUCCCGAAAAAUAAAUCUCGCGCUCCCAUUCACUCGCUCUCUUUCUCUAUCGUACACUCUCUCGCUGUGUGUUUGCAAUUUUUGCGUAACAUUUUGUACCAAUUUUUUUUCGUGAUAGUUGGUGGUGCUUCUGCUGAUUCUGUUCGCUGCUCUGUCAAUAUUGUUGAUAACCCAUAAAACAGCAAGCUAAACUCAUCGCAUAUAUAGCAGCUGGUAAUUGUUCACAUUUCUGUAUUCAUCCAGUCAUUGUCAUCAGAGAGAGAGGCAUCGUUCGGUCAAAUCGCUUGAAUAAACAAAAAAAAACCAUCGAAGACGAUUUAUACACAUUGUAUAGAGUAAAAAUUUGCUGGAAAAUGUCGUCGACAGUUAGAAACCCUUUAAAAGCCGCUUUACGAAAACAAAUCAAAGCAAUUUUAUUGACCCAAUCACAAGAAAACAAAAAGAUCCAAUCGGAUGCCAUAACCAAAAAGAUACUCGAUUCGGAUGCAUUCAAACAAUCGACACGUAUCAGCGUUUAUCUGAGCUUAAAUCAAGAGGUUAAUACGCAGGCUAUUCUCAAUGAAAUGUUUCGUCAACAAAAAGAAGUAUUCGUUCCAUCAUACAGUGGCAACAAAAUGGUUAUGCUGAAAAUAACCGAUAUGACCGAUUUUGAAUCGUUGCCAUUGACAAAAUGGAAUAUUCGUCAACCAAAUUACGAUGGAAUCAGAGAAAGUGCCAAUGAUACGGGUGGACUGGAUUUAAUUUUAUUGCCUGGUGUCGCAUUCACUCGAAAGGGUGGUCGGUUAGGUCAUGGAAUGGGCUACUAUGAUAAAUACUUGAGCGAACAUUUUGAACAAAAUCAACAUCGACGAUGCAACGAUCUAUCAUUGUCGUCAUCGGAAACAAGUAUUUCAACAAAGCUAAAAGAUAAGAAAACCAUUUUAUUGGGUUUGGCAUUCAAGGAACAAAUUGUUGAUGAUGUUCCAUUGGAGGAAACGGAUGUUUUAUUGGACGAUAUCAUAACUGCAUAAAUCUUUCACAUUCCAUGCGAAUGAAAUGAAUGACUAAUGAACCUUUUCUUUUUCAAAUCAAUGAAAAGAAUCUGUUGAUUGAUUAAUUUGUGAAUAUCAAUAUUAUUUUAAGAUAUUCCAUUUUUUUCUCGCAAAAUGAAAAUUUUGUUUUCAAACUAAGUUAAAUUACAAAUAAAUU